AUGGGCUAACUGGGUAACGCCUCUGUGUUCUGAAUGCUCUAAAACGUCUCUGGACGUUAGCCUGGGAAAGCGGAGUCAUAUGAGCAGGCAGGCAGGCAGGCACGCCAGGCACGCCAGGCAGUGGCAGACUGACAGGCCGUCUUGUGUUGUCGGUAGGCGGCUUCAUCUCAUGGUAGGCGGUGGCAGAGGCUUUGCGGAAGUGUAUGAAAGCGGAGUCAUAUGACUAGCGAGCGACUCGAGCACUGGAAAAAAUGCUACCUAGAUAUGGAUAACAUUCCUGGGACACGGUGAUUAACAACCAAAACGAAAACGAUGGAGGAGAUUAAAGUGUCCCCUGACUAUAACUGGUUCAGAAGCACAGUGCCCCUGAAAAGAAUCAUUGUGGAUGAUGAUGACAGUAAGGUGUGGUCGCUGUAUGACGCCGGCCCCAAGAGCAUCAGGUGUCCCAUCAUCCUGCUGCCCCCCGUCAGUGGGACAGCUGAGGUGUUCUUCCAGCAGGUGCUGGCUCUGACAGGGUGGGGCUACAGGGUCAUCUCGCUGCAGUAUCCUGUGUACUGGGAUCUCAUGGAGUUCUGUGACGGCUUCCGGAAGCUUCUCGAUCACCUGCAGUUAGAUAAAGUCCAUCUGUUCGGAGCGUCCCUGGGGGGGUUCUUGGCUCAGAAGUUUGCAGAGUGCACACACAAGUCUCCCAGAGUGCACUCUCUCAUCCUGUGUAAUUCAUUCAGUGACACCUCCAUCUUUAACCAGAUGUGGACAGCAAACAGUUUCUGGUUGAUGCCAGCGUUCAUGUUGAAGAAGAUUGUUCUGGGGAACUUUGCUAAAGGACCUGUGGACCCCAAAAUGGCAGAUGCAAUUGACUUCAUGGUGGACAGGGUAAGAGGACAUGUAUGUGUGUAGACCAGGGAUGGGCAA